UGCGAUUGGCUGAGACUCGAAUGCCCACCUUCCUGUCGCCCUACGGCCUCACAUGCGCGCUCAUCCUCAACAUUUAUGGGCUCACAGAGGUCGAGUCCUUCCGCCUAAACAAGGGAUUCCAAUGCCGAGCGCCCAUCCCUGUAGACACUCUGGUUAACGUCACCAGCCGGGCUUUCUCCCAAUGCACUUCCAUGUACACUGCUAAUUAUGGUGACACGUGUGACUCACUCAACGCCCUCUUCUCCACGCAGAUACAGCCGCUCAACCCCGCCCUCACCUGCUCCGAUGGUCCCAGGCCCGGCCAGCUACUCUGUGUCGACGCCAACCAGACGUGUGCUCGUGACUGUCCUGCAGGGCCCGCAGAGCUGCCAGCAGCUGUGGCGGGCGUUUGGCGUUGCCUCCCCCACGCGCUUCUUGCAGAUGAAUCAGGGACUCUCGUGCGACUCGCUGCUCCCUUACAGCCCGCUGCAGGGCAACAUGAUGAGAAGGAUUUGUGUGGCUGGUGUUGA